UGUCACCGCCCCCCUGCGGCGGUCCAGCACCCGGCGCCGUUCCCUCCUCCACAACAGCAGCGGCAACAUCGCUCCAAUGGUGGGAAUCGCCACCGUGGCUGCGGCGGUCAGCGAGGCAACAGAGCCGGGGGUGGCGGGAACCAGCCCUGCUAUCCCAAUCAGCAGCCUACGCCACCAUGAAACGGUGGCUACAACCCCUGGACGGGGGUCGUGCAUGCGUACAACAUGCCAGUUCUGCGACCCCCCGCCCCAGGUCUUCUCGGCUCGCGCCCGCCGACUCACUGGGCGCUGCUGGCCGCCCCGCAGCCGGGCCCUGCCGCCUCGCCCUUCAGCUUCCGCGGCCCACCUAUUGCCACCGCGCCCUUCGGCCAUGGCGGCCCGCCCGUCGCUCCACCUCCCACGCCUCCUACGUACGGGGCUUACGGGGCCUUUGGUGGCGCGCUGGCCUACUCAGGCGCGUGGGAUCCGGCGUUGCUUGCUGCCCUCCAGCAAACCCCCUCCCCGGCGACGUACUCUGAUGGCGGUGAUUGGUUCAUGGACUCCAGCGGAACAGCCCACAUGUCUGCACACCCGGGACACUCGCACCAUGAUGGUACUUCACCGAUGUGAUAGUCCCGGCGAUUUAUACCCUGUUCAGUCGCCGCCUUCUACUCCAGGUGGUCCUCGAGCUCUUUCUGCCGGCAUUGAUCUUUAGCAUGCUCGUCUUGGGCAUCCUAGGUCUACAUCGCUUCGUCAAAUAAUGAGGGGUUUUUCUUUUUCAUAUAAUAAAACGGAUGCUCAUACAUGUGAAGCAUGUCGUCUAGGCAAACAUGUCCGUCUCCCUUUUAGUUCGUCAUCCACAGUUGCGUCUUUUCUGUUCGAGUUGAUUCAUAGUGAUGUAUGGACCUAUCUGAUUCCCAGUAAUUCAGGCUUUCUUUAUUAUCUUAUCAUACUGGAUGAUUACUCACACUUUGUGUGGACAUUUUCUCUUCG